GUGGAGCGGCAGCAGCGGCAGCGAGUCGGAGCCCGCCGCGGCUGCGGGAGCCCCGCGGCCGCGCCGGCGGGCGUCGAAGGAGGCGCUGAGCGGGAGCGGCGGCGAGGAGGCGCCGGCGGAGGCGGAGGAGGAGCGGCUCCUGGGCGCCCAGCUCGCGGCCGCCGCGGCGAACGCAGAAAGGCACGCCGCCUCCUCGCGCAGCGCGCGCGGCGGGCGCUCGGCGCUGCGAGCGGCGGAGGAGGCGCUGGCGUCGGGAGGCGCGUGGCCCGCGGAGGCGUCCCGCUCGCAGCCGACGCCCAGGGCCCGCGGGAGCGCCCUGGCGCGCCGCCACGAGGCCUGCUGCGCCGGAGCGGGCGCCAGGCGCCGGGUGGCUCGGUUCGCGGAGGAGUCCAGGGUCCGCUUCUUCCCCGCGGAGGACGCCUCUGCACAUCACCCUCCGUACGAGCGGGAGCUGCAGACGAAGGCUUUCGACGGCCCGAGCGGGCACAAGGCAAAGAGGGGCGAGCUGCGCCUGUGGAACCCGGCCUCUGGCGAGGACGGCAGCGAGGAGCUGGACGACAGCGAGGAGGAGGACGACGAGGAGUCGUUCGAGGAGGGGUGCGACGCCAUCGCGGAGCUGAUGGGCAGCCAGCGCUCUAUGCUGCUCUGGGCGGCGUCGUGGUAG